AUGUGCACCCCAGUCGGCAAGUUUCGCCGUGAGGACCUUACAUUGAAUGAGCUACGUUUAAAAGGGUUCUUCAAUGCUGUCUCCCUCCUGAUCUGUACAUCUUCACACCGUCUACUCAAGACUGGACGACACGAGCAAGCAAACACCAUGGCUCCUUGGAUCCUCGGCGAGAAGUUUAACACCGUUUAUCCCCACAAGGGCUCUAUCAAAGCUCUCUGGGAAACGAAGUGGAAGUUUGCAUGUGAAAAAUCCGUCUACCCAUUCCACGACGGUGCCAUCGAAGACUUUCGACCUAUUUUCCAGAAGCUUAUUGAUGAAAACAUCAACGAUGCCUACACCGAUGCCUACACACAGGCUUUCUUCCCGGUUGCUGAGGCCCUGGAGAAUAAGGCCUCGGCUGCUUUGAACAACAACAAUGUGGAGAUGGCAUCUGACCUGCUCCGGAGAGCCGCUGUGGUCUACCGUAUCUCCCGCUUCCCUUAUGUCGAUCCGACUAGAGAGGAUAUCAAAAAAGAGGCCUUCAACCGACAGAAGAAGGUGUAUCUAAAGGCAGCUUCCUUUUGGAAGCCCACCAUCCAGGAGGUCAUCAUCCCGCACAAACAUAAGUCGGCCACCGACGGUGCCUAUGUUCCCCUCUUCGUUCGUGUCCCGGAACAUGCGACGGCAGAGAACCCGGUCCCAGUUGUUGUGCUAAUGACUGGUCUGGAUGGAUACCGCCCCGACAACAGUCAGCGCACCCAUGAGAUCAUCAACCGGGGUUGGGCGACAGUUAUCUGCGAGAUUCCCGGUACCGCGGACUCGCCUGCCGACCCCAGCGACCCGGAGUCGGCGGACCGUCAAUGGACUACCGUUCUCGACUACAUGGCGACUCGUCCGGAGUUCGACAUGUCCCGGGUUGCUGCCUGGGGUCUGAGUGCUGGUGGGUUCUACGCGAUUCGCGCUGCACAUACCCAUCGUGAUCGCUUCGUUGGAACCCUUGCCCACGGACCGGGGUGCCAUUACUUCCUGGACCCCGAGUGGUUGAGCCGUGUCGAUGACCACGAGUAUCCAUUCCUGCUCACUCCUGCCUGGGCCAAGAAGUACGGCUACUCCAACCCGGAGGAUUUCAAGAAGAAUGGCCAGAAGAAGUUUUCUCUUCUCGAGACUGGCAUCUUGGAUCAGCCUAGCUGCAGACUGUUGCUGCUCAACGGUGUGGAUGAUGGCGUCACCCCCAUUGAAGACUGCUUGAUGCUCUUCAACCACGGAAGUCCCAAAGAGGGCAGGUUCUUCCACGGUCUGCCACACAUGGGAUACCCUCACAGUCUGGUCCCGUCGUACAAGUGGUUCGAGGAUGUUCUGCGCUCACCUCAGGAGCCUCUCAAGAACUAG